CCACCGCCAAAAUCUUAAAUCUAUCUAUCCCUCACCCUAAAACGCCCGCUCUCUCUCUCUCUCUCUCUCUCUUCGUUAGCAGUGCUCCCUUCCGAACCGCGGCGGAGCACCGGACAUCUCGCUUCCGAUCAUGAACUGCUCAAUUUCCGGUGACGUACCGGAGGAGCCAGUGGUUUCGAAGAAGUCUGGACUUCUCUACGAGAAGCGGUUGAUCGAGAGGCACAUCUCCGAUUAUGGAAAAUGCCCAAUUACUGGGGAGCCUCUCUCGAUGGAGGACAUUGUCCCAAUCAAAACCGGCAAGAUAGUGAAGCCAAGACCAGUACAAGCAGCAAGCAUUCCGGGGAUGCUUGGAAUGUUCCAGAUUGAAUGGGAUGGCUUGAUGCUAUCCAAUUUUGCCUUGGAGCAACAACUACAUACAGCAAGGCAAGAGCUAAGUCAUGCCUUAUACCAGCAUGAUGCCGCUUGUCGUGUAAUUGCAAGACUGAAAAAGGAAAGGGAUGAAGCGAGGUCAUUACUGGCACAAGCAGACAGGCAGGUGCCUAUGUUAGCACCAACGGCGCCUACAAUUGAGGCUUCGGCUUUGAGCAAUGGAAAAAGAGGUCGCACAGAUGAGGAUAUGGGCGCUGUUGGAAAGAAACUCCAUACAGGAAUUUCUCCUAGCAUUAUUGCAGAACUCACUGACUGUAAUGCGGCACUUUCACAGCAACGCAAAAAGCGACAGAUUCCUCCAACAUUGGCUCCUAUUGAUGCUAUCGAGAGGUAUACCCAACUAUCCAGCUAUCCACUUCACAAAACCAGCAAACCUGGCAUUUUGUCUGUCGAUAUCCUUUAUUCCAAGGAUAUUAUAGCAACAGGUGGAGCUGAUACAAAUGCUAUAGUCUUUGAUCGACCAUCAGGGGAGAUCCUAUCUACGCUUAGUGGUCAUUCAAAGAAGGUCACUAGUGUUAAAUUUGUGGGUGAGGGUGAUUUGGUUGUUACUGGUUCAGCAGAUAAGACUGUUCGUCUAUGGCAAAGUUCUGAAAAUGGGAACUAUGAUUGUAAGCAUAUAUUAAAGGACCAUACGGCUGAGGUGCAAGCAGUCACUAUCCAUGCCACCAAUAAUUACUUCGUGACAGCUUCGCUUGACAAUACGUGGUGCUUUUAUGAUCUUUCUUCUGCUUCAUGCCUCACACAGGUUGAAGAUACUUCAGGCUCGGGUGGUUAUACAUCUGCUGCUUUUCAUCCUGAUGGUCUCAUCUUAGGAACAGGCACCUCUGAGUCAAUUGUUAAAAUUUGGGACGUAAAAAGUCAGGAAAAUGUUGCGAGAUUUGAUGGACAUGUUGGUGCAGUAACUGCUAUGUCUUUCUCAGAAAAUGGUUAUUUCCUAGCUACUGCUGCCCAUGAUGGAGUUAAGUUGUGGGAUCUGCGGAAAUUGAGGAAUUUCCGGACAUUUUCACCUUACGAUGAAAACACACCAACUCAAUCUGUGGAAUUCGACCAUAGUGGAAGCUAUCUUGCUAUUGCAGGUUCAGAUAUAAGGGUUUAUCAAGUUGCAAAUGUCAAGUCUGAGUGGAAUUGCAUCAAAACAUUUCCUGAUUUGUCUGGCACAGGCAAAGCAACGUCUGUGAAAUUUGGUCCAGAUGCUAAAUACCUGGCAGUGGGAUCCAUGGACCGGAACCUCCGGAUAUUUGGCUUGCCGGGAGAUGAGGAUCCAGCAGAAUCCUGAGCCAUUUUGUAUUUGUUCUUGGAAGAGAAGUUACCCCCGCCCCCCCUUCUUUAGCUUUAAAUCUCAUUUUGAUAUCGUAGAGGAAUAUCUGGGAUAUAGAUAUUGGGACUGGGUUGAAGAUGAAUAUCCAGUAUUGAUUGAGACUUGUAUGUUUACUGUAACGUAAAAAGCAAGUUUUGCUUUCCUUAGGUUUGACCGUUUGAUUGAAAUGCCCUUACAUAAAGAUGCAAUUCAUUCGAAGCGGCAAUUUGUCGUA